CACCUUCAAGGUUUCUCCAAAAUCAACAACCAUCAACAUCAACAUCAACAUCAAUAUCAUAUCUAGUGUAUGCAUAGCCAUGUCAUCCAUAGGGCCACAAAUACCCCCUCACCUCUCAAAACGCAAACGCAAUUCAAAGGACGAUUCGCUUUCAGGUUCUCCUGCCCCAAAAGUACGAGCAACAGAUCGAGCGCCCGCCAACCAGGAUGAAAUAAGUCUUAGUAGUGAUGACGACGAUUAUAGCCCAUCUGCUCCCAAGUCUACAGCAAGAGGUCCUAUAGGCCCUACAAUGCCACCCUCAAACACGGAUGAGGUCCAGUUAGACGAUAGCGAUGACGAUGACAUCGGCCCUUCAGCUCCUCCUUUACCCUCUACUACACGACCCACCAUUGGACCUACCCUCCCACCUACGAAUAAUGACGAGAUACCACUGGGAGACAACGACUCAGAAGAAGAUGAUGACGAUGUAGGGCCGGCACCAGCGCCAGCCCCCUCAGCACCAGCAAAGCGAGUCCACGGCCCCGCGCCCCCUCCAGCUCCCCUAGCGGAACGGCCUCCCGAUCUUAAUUCCGACUCUGACGACGACUCUGAUGAUGACUACGGCCCCGCGCUGCCCACCUCAACCUCCCACCUCGCACGCGCAACCCAAGCCCAAGCAGCCGCCGAAGCCUCUCGCGCCGCAGCAGAGGCCGCCGGCCCGCGCCGUGACGACUGGAUGCUAGCGCCCCCAUCCCCCGGGUCCAGCAAUCGCGCGCCCGACCCCACCAAGCUCAAAAGCCGUCGCUUCAACAGUGGACCACGGUCCAGCGCCUCGUCCAAUAACCCAGGGGGCGAAAUCAGUAGCAUCUGGACCGAAACGCCCGAGCAAAAGCGCAAGCGGCUCGAGAACGCCGUUCUCGGCCGCAGCAACGAGUCAUCCACCCAAAGAACCACCACCGCCGCCGGCGCCGGCAACAGCAGCAGCGGUGCAGGCAGAGGCGACAAGCCCACGCCCGAGGCGCUGGAGCAGCAAGAGCGGAUCCGCAGCUUCACGGAGGCGACGCGCGGCAAGUCGCUGUACGAGGAGCACCAGUCGUCGCGCAAGGGGCGCACCUUACGCGAGGACGAGGAGGAGGACGACCCGAGCAAGCGCGCCUUCGACCGCGAGAAGGACAUGAAGCUCGGCGGCCGCAUCAACGCCACGAAGCGCCGCGAGUUCAUGAACCAUGCCUCUGAAUUCACUGGCAAGUUUACCAAGGGGAAGUACCUGUGAUGAAGGAUGAAGGUACCUACUACAUAUAAGUAGGGUACGAGCCUACUAAGGAAUCUAAAUUUGUAAAGAGUCAAGGGCCUCUAUGUAGAGUGUAGAAUAUAAAAGGGGAGGGGGGGAUAAAUGGGGGAUAAUAUAGCCACGCACGCACGCAAGAUACCCGAGAUCAAUAGCCUGACUACAAACGUCAAAAAAACAACAUAAGUUGCCAAACCCACCUGCUGCUCAAUCCCUAUUAUACCAGGUUAGUAGGUUAUUAUAGGCAACAUGGCCUUCGUCAUAGGUAGUGACUCGUUAGAACAACACACCCCCUCUCUCCUUUGCUUUCCCACUCAUCCAUUACCGUAGUUCAUACCUACCUACGCAUUAUAUAUAACCUAACCUACGAUCUACACCCCAUCCCUCGUUCCCUAUUCCCACAUCGCCAACAGCACAGCACCAUCAUCAACAACCAUCAACAACAAAUAAAACAUAUCAUAAACACAGGUAACCAUAGGCAACAACGUAAAAAGGAGUAAAUAUAUAUAUAUAGUUUUGAAAAAAAAAAAAAAAA